AAGCGAGUUACAGUAAGGGGACAUGCAACCUGUGCAAACGACGAGCAUUUGUUGAUAACUUUCGAGCUUCCCAAAUAGUUACUGUAUUUGCAUUCAAGCUCUGUGUGAAUCACACAGUGUUCGUGUUUAUAGUUGAAGAAAAUAAUGCUUUAAUUAAACCUAUUCCAGUCUAUUUCUGGGGCAAAUGUUGAAUCCUUUCUUUCCAUAUUUAAAUUGUAUACACGAAACGGAGAAGUUCUGGAGCUAUUCAUCUGCGCUGGGAAAGAUGCAGUCUACAGGGACCAAAAGGACUGUAAAAACUUCAACUUUGGGGGAUUUAACAUCUCAUCAGAAGACCAGUGCAGAGAUUAUUAGUGAGGCCCGAUCCUCACUGAGAAUAUUAAAGACUCAAAGACCAUUUACUCCUAAAGAUGAUCAAAGAAAACUUUUUGACUCUACUUCCUCUCGCACACAUAAUGAUAGGCCUCCAUCUUCUUUCAGUCUUCAUGCUCGCAGUUUUGAAGGAGGUGAUUCAAGACCCUUGUCAGGAGCACGCCUCAGCCCACUAGAGCAUAAACCAAAAGUUCCUACUUCCUUGUCUAAAGAUGAACAUCCUUCUCUUCCAAAACCCCCACUGGACCCAAUAGAGAUUAAAAAAGUAAACAAUACUCGUGCACGAUUAUUUAAAGUAGCUUCCCAAGGAAAUCUUCUUCCUGACAAGGUGAAUCAUCCUGAAGAAAUUAUAAAGAAGUUCAAUUCAGUUGGAUCCUGCAGUGUUAACAGCUUGUCAUAUGAUGCUGAUAAAUCUGCCUCAUCACAGUUGAACACAAAUAUGCUAGCAACUUGGAAUUCAAAAUGUGAGGGAGAAGAGAUGUUGUUUGUAAGGAGUAUGGAGCAUACUAACUCACUUUCAACGCAGAAUAGUCUUAAGAGUGAAGAGACUAAACAAGACGUUAGACUUUCUAACAGUCCUGAAAGCACAGAAAACAUCAAUCAACAAAACAGAUCAGGUUCAAGUAAUGGAUCAAGAUCCCAUGAAGGAGAAAGUGAAAAAGAAAUUCUAUACUGGAAUAUGAAGAUCCAGCCUAUUCUUGAUGAACUUAAGCUCCUAAAGAGUGGCAACAAUGUGGAACACCUCUGUAAAGCAUGUUACAGACUCUAUCACACUCUACAUAAGGGAAACAUGCUGGGGAAAAUGUGUAAAAGGAGAACUGUUCUUUUGAAGACAUUAUAUAAACUUGUGGAUGUUGGCUCAGAUCAACUUUCCAUUCAGCUGGCAAAACUUAUAUUAGCGCUGAAAGUAAGUGGAAGAAAUCUUCUUAACGUCUGUAAAUUGAUGUUCAAAGUUAGUAGGAGUGAGAAUAAUGAUGGUCUCUUUCAAAAUGAUGAAAUCUUGGAUUGUUUAUUGGAGGUCUUCAGAUUUGCAGAUCCACUCAGCAACAUUGAUGCAUUUUUGUAUUUUAUGGGAACCAUUAAAUUCCUUACUGGGAAUGUGAUUUUACUCAAGGAUCUGCUCAACAAAGGUCUAGUUGAAUCUUUGGUACAGUUGAUGAAGGAGGUAAAUGAUGCUAACAGAACAAGUGACACAUAUUUUUGUGGUUCAGGACACCUGCUGGUCCAGGUCACUGCUACUUUACGUAACUUGGCAAAUCUGCCUCAAUCGCGCUGUAGGUUCCUAAGCACCGGAGCACUAUUGGAACUGUGUGAGAUAAUGGAACAGCAUUUGAAUGACAUAGACAUUUGUCUGAAUGUAGCCAGAAUAUUCAGCAAACUCUCAACCUACAAUGACUGCUGCCUUGUGUUGUCAGAGUGCUUCAGCUGUUACCAAUUAUUUUUGACUAUCCUCCACCAACACCAAAGAAAGCAGGAUUUAGUAGUCCGUGUUGUCUUUAUUUUGGGAAAUAUGACUGCAAAGAACAAUAAAGCAAGAGAGGAGUUGUACAGACUGGAGUACAGCGUGGAAACGUUACUGACUUUGUUCCAAAUGUAUCAUGAAUUAACUGUUCAAAUAAAACUUACUUCACCAAAGAUGCAGAGCAAAAAUGGAAUAAUUGAAUCUAAAAACCAGAAACUUUUGGAGGUGGAAGACGUCCUAAUAAAGUUGAUAAGAGUGAUUGCUAAUCUAUCCAUAAACAACAAGGUUGGCUCUGCAUUAUCUAGAAACCAAACCUGCAUGGAACUACUAAUUAAAGUAUUAGAAUCGAACGAGGUUGAUGAAUGCGAAGAGCUGAUGAUGAAUGCUGCAGCAACAAUUAACAAUCUGUCUUACUAUCAAGUGAAGAAUUCUGCUGUCAGGGCCAGACAGCUGCACUUAGCUGAAUUGAUGAUGAAGCUUCUGUUGGGUAAAAGUAUGGAUGCAAUUUUGGAAGGUGCCCGGGUGUUUGGAAAUCUCUCUCGGUCUAAGGAGAUUCGUGACUUCAUUGUAGAGAAAAAUGUGGAUCAAUUUAUGAUCACGCUACUGGAUGCGAAGCACCAAGAUGUCUGUUUUGCUGCUUGUGGAGUACUUGUAAACCUUACAAUUGAUGCAAGCAAACGUCCCAUUUUAAAGCAGGAUGGAGGGAUUAAAAAGUUAAUUGACUGCUUAAGAGACUUUGGGCCUAAUGACUGGCAAUUGGCGAGUCUGGUUUGCAAAACAUUUUGGAACUAUAGUGAGAAAAUUGUCAAUGCUGCGGUGUGCUUUGGAGAAGAGGAGACUGGAGAACUAUUGCAGCUCCUUUCCACAUAUCUAGAUGAAGAAAUUGCCUUGGAUGUAAACAUGAGUGUUUCAGAUGAACAACUUAUAGAACAUCACAAAGUUUGCUGGGAAUCUGAGUUUGUUCCUGUGGCCCAGCAGCUACUACACAGGAUUCAGCGUCAUCACAAUCCUUUAGAAGCUUUACCGUACUCUCCUCUACAAAAUUGAUCCUCUUCCACUGAUCUCUUCCAAAUAUAUGUUCUGGUGAAAAACAAUGCUUAUUUUAUUUGUCACACCUUCAUUGCUGAAUUUUGACAUCAUCAGCCAUCAUAUCCGUGUCAGAUCUAAAUAGAAGUGCUUCAUUUGCACUUUGCUUGGUAGUUUAUUUUACUCAUGGACAACAAAAAUCACAAAAUCUUGAAAAUCUAUCCUCUAAAAUGAGUAUUGUUUAAUUAAUGCAAUAUUUCAUAAUUAACAAACUGGUUUCUAGAGGCUGGCAUUUGACCUUUGCAUUCUGGUUUACCUUAUGUUAAUGUACAGUGUAAGAUAAGGUACAGGUCAGAAAACUAUAUUUUUGUACAUUAUAAAUAAUUCUCACUUUGAGCUCAAACAGAAUCUUUUGUGGUACUCUAAUAUGGUUAACAACUUUGACUUUGUUUAUUUACUCUGCAGAUGACAGAAUAAAAGUUGAAUAUUUAUGUCCUUACAAAGACUUCUUAGAGCUGUAAAUACAGUAAGUAAUCAAAGAUAUAGAAUCAAAGGAUUUUGCACAACACUUUGCAUUGUAUUACAAUAGUAGAGGGAUUUAAAUUCUGUUAAUUAAACAAAUUAGAAUAUGUACAUCAGCUAUGUUGGCCAUUAAACUAUGCAAUUGUCCUGAAAACCCAUUUUAUUUACCAUUAUCAACAUGGUGGCGUACUUGGUUCCUAAUGAUUGGAAAGUAGCAAAUAUAGUCCUGCUAUGUAAGAAAAGAAGAGAGGAAAUGGAACUUUUAAUCAGUUAGCUUGACUUCACUAGUAGAAAUAAAUUCUAUUAUUAAGGUAAAGGUAGUAGAGUACUGUGAAGAUAGUAAUAGAUUUGGCAGUCAACAGGGUAUUUUGAAAAGGGACUCACAUUUAAGUAAUAUGUUGAGUUUUUAUAGGUCGUAACUAACAGAAUGGAAAUGGGGAAUACUUUAUUUAGACCUUUAGACCUUCCAGAAGUUCUUCAAUUUGAGGCCACACACUGAGGUACUAAACAAAAUUAGAACAUGUGGAAUUGUACUGGAGAAUAGUUAAUAGACAUAAAACAGAGAGUAAGAAUAAAUGAGUCAUUUUUGGGUCGGGAACCUAUGACGUUGAGAUUGGCACCAGGGCUUAGUCGUUCAGAUUCAAGAGCAAAGAUUUGGAUGAGGGGUCAUAUGUGAUAUAUUCAAGUUUGCUUAUGAUACGAAGCUGGGUAGCACUUCAGAUUGUGAGGAUGCAGGGAGGCUUUGUAAGAAUAUGGACAGUCUCAGGUGGCAUGGUAGUGUAAUGGUUAGCACAGCACUUUAUAGUACAGGUGAUCUCAGUUCAAUUCCUGCUGCUGCCUGUAAGGAGUUUGUACAUUCUCCCCAUGACUGCGUGGGUUUCCUCCGGGUGCUCCGGUUCCCUCCCACCCUCCAAAGACAUAUGAGUUUGUAGGUUAAUUGGUCAUUGUAAAUUGUCCUGUGAUUAGAGCAGGAUUAAAUCAGAAGAUUGCUGGCAGCGUGACUCAAAAGCUGAAAGGGCGUAUUCCACGCUGUAUCUCAAUGAAUCAAUCAAUAACUAGCCAAUGACAUGGCGGACCCAAUGUAGAAUUGUACUGUAUAGAAACAUGCCCUUGGCCCACCAAAUCCAUACCAACCAUCUAACACCCAUUUACACUGAUCCUUAAUCAUUCUAUUCUCCCCAAAUUCGCAUCAGUUGAUCCUGGAUUCCGCCACUCAGCUACACACCAGGGACAAUUGCCAAUGGCCAAUAAACUCACCAGAUGGGUGGCACUUUGGAUUGUGAGGAUGCAGGGAUGCUUCUCCUUCCUGCUGUUGAAAUAUUGGAGAGAGCUGGAUGACUCAAGAAUUACCUGGAGAAAGUGAACUCCACACAGACACUGAGUCACUGAGGCUCUGAGGUAGGUAGAUCUAGCUGUACCACUGUGCCAAAUAAUAUAACGGAAAAUGUGAGUGAGCCUUUGCCCACUUUGAUAGAAACACUAGAAAAAUGAAGUAUUGUUUUAUUUUUGAGAUUGAAGUGUGAAAGAGUUGGAUAACCAGAUAAAAUAUGUUAGUAAGGCAAUUUUCCCAGCUUUCCAUUUCUGUCGUACCUUCUUCAACAAUGAACCAUGGCUUCUCUACUGUUGAUUUAAUCGAUUUCCCAUACCUCUGCUCUCAUCCUCUCUCUUACUGGACAGAAGAAGCAUAAAGCAAAACAGAAAUUCUGUGUAGUUUUUAAAUGGAGAAACUAGGAAUUAUUGAUGUCCAAAUUCACUUGCUUGGCAUACAUGUGUCACUGAAACCCAGUAGGCAGUCAGAAAGGCAAAUAGAAUGUUGACAUUUAUUGCUAGAGGAUUUGAAUACAAGAAUAAAAUGUUUUAUUAC